AUGGGCAGAGGCGGAGCCCGGCGGCGAGGCGGAGCUCCGGCUCUUGUCUGGCGCCGCCGCCGCCUCCUCUGGCGCAGUCCGGGCUCGGCUCCGUCGCUCGCUUGCUGUCGCCGCCGCCGUCGUCUGGGCAGCCUCGGCCUCCCGUCCAACCCAGAGGGAGCGAUGGGCCCAGCGCUGCUGCUCGCGCUGCUCUCGGGCCUCGGAGCCGCCAAGGUAGGCGAUUCGAACCCAGAACCGGCGCCGGAACAUCAGUCCGCCGGGCGGGCAGGAUGACCGGGGGACGCGAGCCACUUGCGGGAUGAGCGAGCAUCCGUGGAGGGGGCGAGGGAUCGGAUAUCGCGCGUUACGGGUGCCGGGUUAUCUGGGGACUCCACACCCAGAGGACACGUAGACGAGCCCCUGGCCCUGCGGCUUGGCUUCCUUGCUGGAGAGAUCCAGAACCAUUGGGCUCUGCCGGCAGCUUUCUGUGGCGCACCUGCUUUUCUGCCUCUGCGCAGCCAGCCGCGCUCUGGAGGGCGCGCAUCUGAUUUCUGUAGACGACUGAAUAGUCGUCGUUGGCAGCCCAGGGAGAAAGGAGUCGCGGGGGGGGGGGGACUCAGGAGCCCAAUUAAUGGGGCACUGUGGGGUUGGCGGGGGGUGUGUGUGUGUGUGGAUGAGGAGCGUUCUUCAUCUAAAUGAUGGUGAUCUGGAAUAAGGAUGCUCUCCAAACUGUGCCCGACAUCUGGCAAUCUGCGUGUGUUUCUGUGCUGGGAAGGAAAAAACAGCGAGUCAUUUUACCAUCUUUUUCACCCGCCGAUCCAAAAAAAGGCGCUCGUGUGUGUGUUUCUGCGUGUGCUUGUGACUCAUGCCUGUUCCCUCUGUGAGCAACUGGGGACUUUUGUGGGUGGAAAGGUAAAGGAUGCGUUACGAAUUCAGCUCCAUCGUUUCCAAGAAUUACGCACAGCAGAAGAAGAGUGUGUAUGUGUGCAAAGGGCCGAGCGAGUGCUGGGGGGCGUUGCUGUGUACAAAGUGUGGGUGCGCGGGACUAAGGAUGAGCUAAGGGUGUGGGGUUUUUGUGGAAAAGGUGUGACGGGUGCAAGCCAAAUUGCGGGGUGUGUCUGUGCGUGUGAUAUCCGAGUGGGCAGAUGGGUCGCAAAAGAAGUACGCCGUUAUUUUUGCACCCGUUCUCCAUCUGUACAAGACGGAGUGUGUGCGUGUGUGUUUGUGUGUAAAAGGAGGUGCAAAGUGAGGGGGUACUGAAAUACAUGCCAUGUACUAUUCGUUUUAAAAAAUAAUUCAGGGCAUGUAUUUUGGGGCAUUUUAUUGAACAAAAUUCAUAUACUAAUUGAUUGUCAAUAGAGCCUCUAAACGAGUUACAGAACAAUAAAACCAGCAUUAAAAUCAAAACAUUUUUUAAAAUGCCAAUAAAAGACAAGAGUUAAAAGCAGGAAUGAAAACAUAUAUCAAAGAAUACUUAAAAUCUGCAAUAAACUGGAAACAUAUUAAGGCACAAUUUUCAUUGAUGGGCUUUUAUGUCCAUGGCCUGUCUGCUGUGCGCUGCCACCCAUCUCAACUGUAGGAGUCUUGACUCCUUAUUAAGGGGCAGGGGUAGUUUGAACAAAGCCAGAGGCAGAUUGGAUGUUGCUGGGCUUUUGCACAUAUGUAGAAUGUGUGUUUGAGGUGGGAGAGGCUGAAGGGAGCCCCCCUUAGCUCAGGAGAGCCUCACAACCACCAAAGUGAUUUCUCAGUGUACCCAAACCAAGCAGGCUUCCCAGCAUCCAUCCUCCUGGUGGUUGUGACUAACUCUGCAGGAAGACUGCAGAGGACCUUCCACUGUGACACAUCCUCAAGGGCUUCUGUGCACAUCCUUGCAGAGAUGCCCGGCCUUAGUCUGGCCCAUCUGCCUCCUCUACUGGCAGAUCUCCCUUGCCCCCAUUCCAGAGGGUCUUUCAGCUCCUGAAUCUUGAUUACGGCUCAAGUAAAUUUCUCCAUUUGGGUAGGCGUUAGUCAGCGGAAGUUUGGUUACUGGUCCCCAGAUGUGAGAUGGGCGCAUGGUGCAAAUUGAUAUGUUAAUAAUAACAAUGAUGUUAAUCAUUAUUAAUGAUUAGUAAUGCCCUGAAAUUUGGCUGCUGUUAGUUACGUAGAUACGGCUUGUAUAUGAAGGACAUGUGGUGAUUUGCAAUAACCAAUUUGCAAUUGGGAAAAGAGUGUGGCUGGUAUAGAUCAUAUUUGUGUGUAUUGGGCUAGUAGGUCAGAACUUGGAAACAGGCUUCUGGUACACACACACACACACACACACACAAAUUCAGCCUUUGUUGUUCUGUCUUCAUCAAAGCCUUUUUACAAAUGUGAAGAAAAAUAGAAAAAUGGAUGUGAUUCUAACCAAUUAUACCAUCUGGAGAUGCAGAAAUAUAAACACCUACAUCUACAAAGGGAGAAGCAAAAUGCCAUACUAUGGCAGUCAAGAGGCAAAAUAGUUUAUUGUGACGUGAGCUUUUCAGUCCCUACAACUGGUCCUGCGAAUAUCUACUGCCUCACCAGAAAACCAUCUCAUUUUCUGUCCUUUAGCUGUAUCAGAAUUAUUGCACAAAUCGGACAAAAAUCCAGAGUGAAACCAAGAAGAAAAAUCUGGAAAGAGUCUAAUAGAAGGGGCUCAGGCAUAGUCUAGUUUUCUGGCUUGGCUUUUUUAUUUAAUUUUUUUUUUUAAGUCUCUAUCUCAUGUUCUUCUAGACGUCAGAGCAGGAAAUGUGCAGGCAGUUUUCGGCUCAAUUACUCACUCAAAAUUAAAUCUGCCUCUGCUUUGUAGUAUUCACCCCCACGCCUCCCCUAGCCAUGAAGCUCACUGAGUAAUGCUUGAUAAUUCAGCAUGCAGUGGCACUUCUGGUUGCGAAUGGGAGGCCCGUUCGCAACAUGAAAAGCUCACAACCUGAAGUGCUGUAUCUGUGCAGGUGCGCGGCGUGAUUUGGCACUUGUGCACAUGCGCAAAGCAUGAUUUUGUGCUAUUAUUAUUAUUAUUAUUAUUUAUUAUUAUUAUUAUUUAUACCCUGCCCAUCUGGCUGGGUCUCCCCAGCCACCCUGGGCGGCUUCCAACAAAGUAUGAAAAUACAGUGGUCUGUGGGGUUUUUUAAUGUAUUUUUAUUAAAGAUUUUCUUGAUUUACAAAGGUAUGUGCAAAGUCUCUCAUAUUUUUGUUUUCCACGUAACAACUUUUUUUUUUUACAAAUCGGUUUCAUUUGUUGAGACAUUAGGAAGAAUAGGGGGAAAGAGGUGGUGGUGGGGAUAUGAGUGGGGGUGGUGUCGGGUGGUGAAUACAGUGGUCUGUUAAACAUUAAAAGCUUCCCUAAACAGGGCUGCCUUCAGAUGCACGUGCUGCACAUGCGCGAGCGGCGAAACCCGGAAGUAACCCUUUCCGGUACUUCCGGGUCGCCGCGGGACGCAACGUGAAAAAACGUAACAUGAAGCAAACAUAACAUGAGGUAUGACUGUAGUUGCGCCUAAACACCAGGGCUGAUCCAAGAUGUUUUGCUGCUGGAGGCAGAACAGCAAAUGACACCUGCACCUCCAAAAGUCAAGGUGCAUCGUGAGCAAGACGGACUGAGUUAGAAUUGUGGAGCUGGAAGGGACCCUGAGAGUCAUCUAGCCCAACCCCCAGCAAAGAGGGAAUCUCAGCUAAAGCAUCCCUGACAGAUGACAGAUGGCCAUCCAGCCUCUCAUUGAAAACCUCCAAGGGAGGAGACUUUGCCGCCAUUGAACAGCUCUUACUGUCAGAAAGUUCUUCCUAAUGUUACGUUGGAAUCUCCUUUCUUGUAACUUGAAUCCGUUGGUUUGGGUCCUGCCCUCUGGAGCAGGAGAAAAUAAGCUUGUUAUUGUGGCACCUGAGGCAUAAAAUCCCACAAAUUCAUUUCCCUGGGAGUAAAAAAAAUGCAACGACAAUAAAUUCAAUAACCAUUUGCUGUUCUUUUGGGACACUCAGAAUGAUCUUCCUGCGGCAGUUACCUCAUGUCCUGCCAGGACCUUGUUGGUAUCGUUUCAAAGGCUAAGCGCUUCCCCUUGCUAAAACCAAUAAGGUCACAUCCACACGAUAUAUUUAAAGCACGUGGCUUCCCCCAGAGGACCCUGGGAACAAGCUUGUUAAGGGUACUGGGAAUGGUAGCGCCAUGUGGGAUAAACUAGUUUCCAGAAUUGCUUGGGGGAACCAGGACUGUCAAAACCAUUGUAAAUUUGCUUUAAAUGUAUGGUGUGGAUGUUACCCAAGAUGUAAAAGUGCUUUGUUUUUGGUUGAAUUGUGCCCUUUACCAUUUUUGUUUUCACUUUAAUUCUUAAGUUACUUUAAACAUAUCAAAUGGCUUUUUCAUACUUCGCUGUUGUUGUAAACAAAAUCAGCCCUUCUUCCCUUAUGGGGUAUCCAAGAGCCCAUAUGGAGUCCUUAAGUGGGUUCCCUAUCAGUAGGAGAAAAUAACAGAGGCCAACCAGAGAAUAUUGAGAAGCAAAGCAGCUAGUAAGCCUGAUCUUUAUUGAUCUGUUGCAACAGGGUGCUCCCCUCACACGCAGGAAAGGAGGAGGACCCAGAAUAUAGGUGUGCCUGCCCUAUAUUUAAAUUCCCUGACCUGGAGCUCAAGGCCACCCCUCCAUACAUCAUACAUACAUCACAGAAGGGGUGUAACCCAAGACCACAACCCACAAACAUCAUACCUACAUCACAGAAAAGGCGGUCUACAACAGAAAUUUGAAUGUUGUUGUUUUUCCUGUCUGCCAGGUUAUCUGAUAAUGCCUUUCCUGGUAGUCUGGCCAUUCCUUUGAGAUGGUGAUUACCCAAUUGCUGAGACAAUGGGAAGGUUCCCUCACGUCCUCCCUCCUUGUAGAGAAAACAUUGGUCAGUUUGGGAGUCAAAAUGGUUUCAGGACGGUCUUCCUGUGCUGCUCCAGACAUGUGGUCCACAUAUCUAUGUACAUGCUUGGUUGCUACAUUAAUGAACAUUUAUUAUAUCCGUUCCGGAGCCCCGUUUGCAUCCAGAAGUGAACGCAACCCGCAUCUGUGCGUGCGCGGAUCGUGAUUUGCCGCUUCUGCUCAUGCGCAUGACGUCACUUUGACCAUCUGCGCAUGCACGAGCGGCGAAACCCGGAAGUAACGCGCUCCGUUACUUCCGGGUCGCCGCAGCGCACAACCUGAAAAUACUUAUCCCAAAGCUACUUCAACCCGAGGUAUGACUGUAUAUACAAGACUUUACAUUUUUUUGUUACACUGUUCCAUAUUGAUGUAUGACGGCCCACACCACGAAAUGCCCAGCGACUGGCGUGCUGUGGGGCAGAGGUGGUACCGUGUUCCCCUCCCUGCGAUUGCUGCCAGCCUGACUUCUGACCUUUCCUUAAAAUUCAGUUUGCAAUCUUUCCCCCUGUUUCUUACAGCCUCUCCCCAGCACAGGGGGCUCCCGUGGAGGGCUGAACCACAACUUACCUGGGGGAGCCCGAAGGGUUCGGCGGGAGCUGCAGGGAGUGCCCUACGAGGCAGUUGAGACUGCAUUGGCCAACGAGGUGUAUUACCCCGAACUCGUCCGGCUGGCAGCGCUGGAGAGAGCCAUGUCGUCCCCUGGUGGUCAGCUGCAGGAAGAGCACCUCGCCCAAGCCUUAGAGAGAGCCAUGGCCUCCUCUGGUAACCAACUGCAAGAUGACCGCUUGGCCCAGGCGCUAGAGAGAGCGGUGGCACCGGCCGGGAACCAGUUCCAACCAGACGAACGCUUGGCCCUUGCUCUGCAGCGCCUCCUUCAGGACGGGCAUCGCCGGGACCAGGAGUCUGCCUAUCUGGCCAACUUGCUCAGGCUUUGGGAAGAAGCAAAGGGGGCCCCGUUGUACCCAGAGUAUGAUGAGACCGGCUUAGCAGGCAACUCCUUCCCACCUCAAACACAGCGAAAUCGCCACUGGGUCCCAGAAGGAGGAUUUGAACCCCAAGAGGAGCUGGGAGGGGAGGAAGAACCCACUGGGGAGAUGGACCCAGAGAUGCUGAGGUAGCUGGAAUGGGGUCCCAUUUCUGAGCUAGGGCUUAGCCCCAGAACCUGUUUGGAAUGUCAUUCUCAGCUGUGUAACACAGGAAGCAAUAAAGAAGGGAGUGCCUAUGACAUAGCUGUCAACUCUUCCCUUUUUUUAAAGGGAAAUCCCCUUAUUCUGAAUAGGAUUCCUCGCAAGAAAAGGGGAAAGUUGACAGCUAUGGCCUAUGAGCAUGUGCAGAAUGCCCACACAUCGUCCUCCAUUGCAGAAUAAAUUCAGGCUGCCUUCACACACCUCUCUUUUUAUAUAGAAUAUAUAAUUAAAAUAACAAGAUAGUACAUUUGAGGAAGCAGUUAAUGGAACAGGAAGUGGUACAUAAGAAAUUUCAGUGGCAGUUUAUAUUUUCACCAGAAUCAAGCAGUAAAGCGUUUUCCUGGUUUCAGGUUUCAGGUGUGGGGCUAUGUCUGCGUGACUAUCUCCACUUUUUUUUUUUUAACCAUGCAUAUAGAAAAGUAGCUUGUCGUGGAGAAGAGUUCACCCAGCCCUCUCCCUGGCAAGCUCUUUGUCCAAAUGCAGGGAGUUUGUUUUGCAAGAGUAACUCGUUCAGCAAUGCAAACCCUCACCUGAAAUGGUGUAAUCCAGCAAUGACGUUCCAUCUCUUGUAUGAUGAACUGGCUUUUUGGAGUAUAAAAAUAAUUAUCCAAUAAUACAGGAAGAUUCAAACAAUGUUUGGGAAAUGCAUGGUUUUAAACAACUUGUGCGUUAACACAGCCUGCCCCUGCCUCACGCACAUGGAAACAAAGGGCAAGAUUGCUAGGCAGAAGAACAAGGUAUGGUCUCCAGCAGUUUUACCUUUUUAAAGAAAACCAUAGUCUAGGAAAUAUUCAGUGUAGAAAAUCUGGACCCUAGAACCGCCGUCUUCGGCCUGAGGUCCUCCUGAGGUCCUGGACUACAAAUCCCCUCUUUCCUGACUCUUUCCUGACUGCUGGCCAUGCUAGCGGGAGCUGAUGAGAAUUGUAGUUCAAAGCAUCUGAAAGAUGCUGCUGGGCCCAACAGCCCCUCCCCCACCUGGAUAUUCCAGGUAGGUCCCCAGAUUUGCAUCUGGCGGCUUACAUGCAGGUGGAAUUCUGGAAUUUUAGUUAGUGCACUGCGCAGUCACUAAUUUCUUAGUAAGGAGGGAACCUGCUUCACUUUAGGUAGAUUUUGGCAUGUAAUAAUUUUAGUAAAAUGCAAUAAAACCACGAUGUAGAGCAAUAUAGGAUGCGGGUGGCGCUGUGGGUUAUACCACAGAGCCUAGGACUUGCCCAUCGGACGGUCGGCGGUUCGAAUCCCCGCGAUGGGGUGAGCUCCCGUUGCUCGGUCCCAGCUCCUACCAACCUGCAGUUCGAAAGCACGUCAAAAUGCAAAUAGAUAAAUAGGUACCGCUCCAGCGGGAAGGUAAACGGUGUUUCCGUGCGCUGCUCUGGUUUGCCAGAAGCGGCUUAGUCAUGCUGGCCACAUGACCCGGGAAGCUGUACACCGGCUCCCUCGACCAAUAAAGCGAGAUGAGCGCCGCAACCCCACAGUCGGCCACGACUGGACCUAAUGGUCAGGGGUCCCUUUACCUUUACCUAUAUAGCAUUAUAGACUGUCUGGGUUGCAUCCAGUGCUGUCCUUCCAUUUGUGAAAGGCACCUUCUGUGAGUGCAAAAGAGAGGGAGGAAUUUCUCCUUUUUCCUACAGCUCCCUGCACUGCCUUCCAUGCUAUUCCAGAGGAACUGAGCAUAUUUGUGUCUGUGUGUGCGCGCACGCGUGCAGAGAUCUGGAGAAGGAUGGCAGGAGGAGUAGUAGACAUUGUCUGCUCUCCAUGCCCCCUGGAUCAAGGAACCCUUUGGAAGGACAGGGCUGAGUCCAAGUACUUGCAUUUCUCUGUUUGCUACCUUAAGGGAACCUUUUCCCACAUCGACUUGGCUGGUGAGGAAAGCUUGUCUUAUCAGCUGUAGAACCGCAGUGAGCCACAAAGUAUUGUGGGACACACACAAUGGGAGAUGGUCACUGCGGGGGCAAGCUGUUUUCCCUGGAAGUCUGGACACCAGUAUCAAUAUUGUCAGUAAGACAUCUCGGAUAAGCUUUCAACUUAUCUAAGAAGCCAUUAUCCUAGGGUAUGGAGAAGGGGAAGACUAAUCCAAGGAAGAGAAAAAUCCAGGUGUUACCUCUGGGAAAUCUAUUUUUUCCCCAAAUUUUUUUAUUGAUUUUCCACAUUUAUCACAAAAAUGACCUAACGAAACACACAACAAAGAAAAACACAUUACACUACAAUAAAUUAAACACAAAGAAAAAUUAUUUCUUCAAAUACCAUACCUAAUUCUCAUUACAUUGAUAACUGACUUCCUCGAAUCCCCUCUUACUGAAUCUCAUUAUAUCACCUGUAUAGAAGUUCUCCAAAUUCAUAUUUCUACUGAUAUUAACUCCUUUCAUUUACUAACCUCUUCUCCUUUAUUAAUUUUCAAAUCCUUAGUAUUUACUACCACAUAUUCUUAUUCUACCCCUAAGCCUAUUUAUCAUUUCCAAGAAUUUUCUAUUUAAUUUAUAUCACAAUAUUUAGCUAAAUAUUCUUUAAAUUUCUUCCAAUUCUCUUGUGUCUCCUCUUCUUUCUUGUCGCGGAUUCUUCCAGUCACGUUGGCCAGCUCCAAAAAAUCCAACAUCUUCAUCUGCCAUUCUUCUAUUGUUGGUAUUUCUUGCGAUUUCCAGUUUUUGGCUAAUAAAAGUCUUGCCGCUGUAGUGGCAUACAAAACCAGUCCAACAUCUUUUGGGGGGCAUUUCCAGUCCUAGUACCUCUGGGAAAUCUAGAAGAGCAGACCCCAUACUAACCAAUCCAUGUCUGGGAGUUUCAGCGGCAUCAUUGGGUUCUGUCAACGAAAGUGGGGUUUAGUGGGCAAGGCGAGUAUGGGAUGUAUGCCAUCAGAAAUUGCAACUUCAGUCUCCAGCCUUUUUGGGGAGAGGGGAGAUGGCAGGCAACUUUAUGAGUCAAGGCCUUUCCUUGGCUCCCGCAAAGGAUUGUGGGAAAAGGCGGAGAGGGCUCCUUCGUUCGACUCACCUUUUUCUCUUGCUCUUCUUUGCAGAUACCUGGUUGGCCGGAUCCUGGCAGGAGCGGGCAACCUGAACCCCCAGCGUUUCCCAGCGCCUCCCCGGCGCCUGCGGCGUGCCAUCUUUGACGGAGGGGACCUACCUGAGCCCCCCAAUCUUCUGCGGGUCAAACGACUAGGUGGGGAGGCCGGGGGGGAGCCCCAGCUGCAACGGGUCAAGCGGACAGAAGGGGAAGGGGCCGGCGGGAGGAGGGGGGUUUCUGGGGGGAUGCAGAGGCUUCGGUAUCUGCCUGAAUAGGAGGAAUUGGCAUAAAAAAGAUUGGGGGAGCCACCUCGCCCCUGCCCCCCACCUCUCUGGCAGUCUCUGAAUGUCAGUGGACUGUGACACCUCGUGUUUGUUCCUGCCUCUUUUCUGCCUUGUGAUCCCAAAUUACUGAGGAGGAAGGGGGAGAGCCUUUCACUGGGCUCCCCAAAUCCCAGUUCUGUUAUUGUAUGGGGAGGGGCUCUUUUCCCCGCUAACCUUCUGGGCGUCCUGAUUGAAAGCUGCAGUUUGAUGGUGAUCCUAUCUCCCAUGUCAAAUGCAGAGCUGGUGGCCAUCUUGGCUUAAAAAAAUAUUUAAAAGUGGCUCAAAUAACCCCCACCCACCCCUGAUUUUCCUUCUGCCUUAAUAGUCCCAUUACCUCAACCCUGUCUCUCAUCCCUUGCUCCUCCCUUGGCCCACCAGAGUUUCCCCCUGCUUGUGUAUGUCCGGUUUGUAAGAUGCCUUGUGUUCACCCACAUUCACGUUACACAAAGACAUAUGCGCCCUCUUGCUGAUUUGUCGCCCUGUUUGAUCCUGCUUGUGGCCAGAGUUUUUGGUGUUGAUGAAUUAAUAAAGAGCCCACCAGGUAUUUUAAUG